GAAAAACCUGGAAUGAAAUAAAUUGUUGAACCUUUUUCUAGUGUUGCAACAUUAGAGACUUACGAACGAAAGUGCUUGUGAUGAGCAAAGACGAUUAAAAAGUGUCGAUAAGCCAAUAUUCUGCAGAAAUUAGCCACAAUCUUCAGGACCGAUGGCUGCGAUACGCAAAAAAUUAGUGAUCGUCGGUGACGGUGCGUGUGGUAAAACAUGCCUGCUCAUCGUAUUCAGCAAAGAUCAGUUUCCGGAAGUGUACGUGCCGACUGUGUUCGAAAACUACGUCGCCGACAUCGAGGUGGACGGCAAGCAGGUUGAGCUCGCGCUGUGGGAUACGGCCGGCCAGGAAGACUACGACAGGUUGAGGCCGCUGUCGUACCCCGACACUGACGUGAUCCUCAUGUGCUUCUCGGUGGACUCGCCCGACUCGCUCGAGAACAUCCCGGAGAAGUGGACUCCCGAGGUAAAGCACUUCUGCCCUAACGUGCCUAUCAUUCUAGUGGGCAACAAGAAGGAUCUGCGCAAUGACCCGGCCACGAUUAAUGAACUUCGCAAGAUGAAGCAGGAGCCGGUGAAGCCUCAGGAGGGCCGAGCCAUGGCAGAAAAGAUUAAUGCGUUCGCGUAUCUGGAGUGCUCUGCCAAGAGCAAGGAGGGAGUGCGCGAGGUGUUCGAGACGGCGACCCGUGCUGCAUUACAGGUCAAAAAGAAGAAGAAGACUAGGUGUUCCCUGCUGUAAUUGUGCUGUUGUCGGGAGAACUCUGAUUUAUGAAUUGUUCGCAUACUGCCUGAUAACUUAGUUUGAAACGACUCGGACUGUGCAGCAGUCGCGAGGUCGGCCACACAGUGCUUCCUUCCGAUACUGACUGCUGACGCGAAGUCGCGGCCCGCGUCGCACGCACACUCACUCAGUAUUUGUGUGGCUACUCUUUCACAAUUGGUACUUUGUAUAUUUUAUAGAUUAUCUAUAAAGAGUAAGCGUAAAUGCCUUAACAAAAGUAGUCGGGGGCAUGUGGACCUCCCGUCUCCGGCAGGGCCACUGGAAUUUUUCAUGCUAUAAUAUCACGUUAUAUAAUCGAGUAGCAUUUCUUCUACAUAUAGAUUAUUCCUCGACCGGUGGCAUCUCACCGAGACUUGUUUAGUUUGGUAUUUUGUAUUUUAAUUUUUCAAUAAAAUAGUGGUGUAUAAAUUGUGUAGGAUGUUUAUUUGACACGGAGCGUGAGCCCCACUCUCAUCUAAGUGCCUGUCAGCUAGACACGUCUCUGAGACGUCCAAUCUGAUUCUGUAGGGCAGUUGUAUUGUAAUCUAUUGUUUGUGUGAAAUCAUAACUUCCUAAUAUAAUUUAUUAGUAAUAAAGGAACCCCAUGUCAACAAUUCUUAACUAGACUCUUUUUGACUUUUUAUAAAAUUUUAAUGCAGCAUUUAUAAAGCAAAGGUGUUUAGAAUGGGGGAUAUUUAAGUUAAUAUGAUCAUUUAUGUUAUGUUUCAUUAGUCUUGUAAGUACAAAAUUAUCGUCAAAUAUAAUUAACAACAAAAUAAUUAUUAGAUUUCCUUUAAUAUAAUUUAAGAUAUAUUAUUUUGGAUUUAUUCCAAUUACAAAUUUAUUAACCAAUAA